CGCCUCAUUGGGUGCGUCACGCACAUCCUGAAAGCUUUCCAGUUGUGUAUUUUCUUCGUUUUGUUUUUGCCGGACGAAGUUUGGAAACUUCAGAGUCGAACAAUGACAGGUUUGGUACUUCAGAAAGUGAAAUAUCGAUUUGUGUACAAGGUGUCCAGACAUGUACUUCGUCGUCUCGUGGACCUCCUUUUAAAAGACCAUGUUUUGAAUGGAGAAGAAGAGGAUAUAAUAUGUGAGGGAAGGUAUAGUAGGGCCGAUCAGGCACGUAGUCUCAUUGACUAUGUGAUCAGAAAAGGAGAAAGAGCCAGCACAAGGCUGAUUUAUCACCUACAGAACAUAGACCCAGUUCUUCACAGUGAGUUGGGUCUGUCCAGUGAUCAACCUGGUCUGUCAGUCCAAUUAACUCCAUCUGUGCCAACUGUGGAAGACUUCUUGAAAACCAUAAGGACUAACCCAGAGGUCUAUCCUGUGACCCAAACUUCCUUGAAGAACCGCGUAGCUCUGCUGAUCACUAAUAUCAAGUUUUCUGAGGAAUCAAUGAACAGAAGGGGAGCAGAGAAAGACGAGGAGAACAUGGAGAGACUGCUUUCAUAUCUGGGGUAUGAGGUGGUGAAAUACACAAACCUCACUGGAAAGGCGAUUGAUGAGGCUUUAAUUGACUUCACUAAACAUCCCAAACUAAAACACACUGACAGUGUGUUUGUGGUUCUCAUGUCUCAUGGGAAGCUGGGGAAAAUUCUUGGGGUUGACUGGAAAGAGGACAAACCAGAUGAAUUUCCAAUCAACAACAUUUUCAAACACUUGGGCUCCAAGAGUUGUCCAGAGCUAAGAGAUAAACCAAAGGUCAUCAUCAUUCAGGCCUGCAGAGGAGGACACAGUGCAGGUUAUGUUCUACAAUCUGAGAACCAUGCAGCAGACAUGCUUCAUCAUUUAAUUUUGGAAAAAGACUUCAUUUACCUUUCAUCUUGUAUUCCUGACAAUGUGUCGUACAGACAACGAGAUCGUGGGUCUCUCCUCAUCCAGAACAUUGUGGAGGUUUUCAGUCCAGAGUCGUAUCAGGAAGAUAUUUAUGGACUUUUUGAGAAGAUAGAAAUGGAGACACAACAAUACUCUUUUGAUCAACAAAUGAUGUCAGAGAUGACUAGAAACACACUGACAAAGCAUUUUUACCCCUUAACAGGAAUCAGAAAAAUGAGUGUCUUGGUGAAGGAAGACAAAGACACAGUUACAGAUGCAUUCUCAGAAAGUGAGGGCUGUAGCUAUGGAACAUCCACUAAGGUCAGCUCACACGAGAAGGAGGAGCAGGAGGAGCGAGAGGAGGAUGAAGAAGAUGAGCAGGAGGAGGAAGAUGAAGAGUCUGCUCACACAUUCAAGUUCUGCUGUGAAAAAUGUAAAAGCAUCACUCAGACCCACGGCACAAAGCUUGUUACUCCCCAGAGGAUUUCAAACGGACGUUUCCAAAUGCAGCUGGAAGGAGAAGGCUCAUACGAGUGUUCGGUCACCGGUCUGGUUUUUGAAGCAAGCGAGUCGGUUCUGGUGCGGUAUUCGGUCUUAUCCUGGUCCAAGUUUGGCUCGUUCUUACCCAACUCCUGGAAAUUUGCUGGACCAAUCUUCGACAUCGACGCUGUCAACAAGGAGGCGUCUGUGCUCACAUCCAUCCACCUCCCCCACUCUGUUUGCUUAGGCCAGACUCUUGACAAUGCCGUGUCAUUCAAGAUCUUGCAUGUUGUCGAUGAGGAUUUCAGUGAGGCUUUCAUUGAGCCACCUUCAGGCUACUCAGGUAGCCACGUUAAGUGGAGCGUGAGGUCCCUGUCCCCCGUGUGUCCCAUCAUUCCAGCUGAUGAACAGGCUGAAUAUCAUGGCAUGGUUAUGAUCUACAAACAGAUGAACACCAACAACAUCUUCCAUGUGUACCUGGUCCUAAAUAACGUCUCUGCCAUUAAAGAUGUAUGCGAACAGGUUCAGAGCUACCAAAAUAAAUACGUCAGGGUGACUAAAUCCUCCAUGUGCAGACUGGUUGAGGGGAUAUUUCGCUUUUCGAGUGAGCCGGUGGGAGUGGUCAGACCUCAGGAGCUGGAAUUUACACUAGCUGAGAUAGCGGUAAAAGGCUUUUUCGAGGUCUUCUUUGACAAGCAGCCUCCGUUUGAAUGGUCUCUACGAAAGAGGAGAACGGAUGAGGUCGUCUGGUCUGCCGCCAUCAGAGCAGACGACUGGCAAGCUGCAUUAAAAGAAAACCCAAGGAAAAGAGCCAGAUGUGACGAUGAAUUGAGAGCAAAGAGCCAUCGGGGUCAGGACCUGUCAGAGAAGCAGCUCCUGCGGGUCGCCAGUAAGUUUGGGUCAGAGUGGAAGGAGGCAGCCAUCUACUUAGACUUACUGAGCAAAGAUCUGGAUGACAUCCUGGAGAAAGAGAAUGAUGUGACCAUGCAGAAGCAUAGGAUGCUGGUAAUGUGGAAGAACAGAAGGAGGCAAGGAGAAGCUACUGCGUCUGCCCUGUUGGAAAGUUUGAAAGAUAUGGAUAAGUUGUCCACAUUUAAUGACGGCAGACGAUGAACGCAUGGACGAAUAAGAAAAUCCAUAAAAAUGGAUUCAGUUACACCCACUCAGAGACGAUAUCAAAGAAACGGGGACGCCUGCUGGAGACUUUGUGGAUCUAAAGGAGCCGACCACUUCUAUGUUGUACUUGGGCAAGCUACAGUUGGACACAUGGACCAAUAAAGACAAAAAACUGCUGGCUAUAGUAAGAAAGCCAUCACAAGGAAAUGGCUAAAACCAGAUCCACCCACUAUCGAUGAAUGGAUUGAAAUUGUUUACCAGAAUUAUGCUAUGGAAAAGAUUUCUUUUUCCCUCCAAGUUGAAAGAGGAACAUUUUAUACCAAAUGAACUGAGUAUGUAAAACCAAUUAGAUCUGACUUCAUUUGAUUGUUCUUGUGAAUGAUGUGUCCUGCCCUUUUUAUCUUCUUGUGCUUUUUAUUGCUCGAGGCGGUGCAAUCCCCAUUUUUGUUAAAGUUUCUUCAUUUUUCUUAUCGUUCACAACUAAAAUUUGUAAUAGUCUGUAAAAGAAAAUACCAGAAAGGCGGUAUGGACAAAAUCACUUGGACUCUCUGUGUCCUGUGACAUGUUCAUGAAGGUUCCCCUUGUGAAGCUGCUGGACAGUGUAUGAAUGUGUGUUUACCAUUUUAGGUCAAAUCCUGUAGAAUAUUUAGUAAAGCAGCAUUAAAACAGAUUCAUAUUCUUGAGGUGAAUUAUGCCAUCGUUUACUCAUCAUGUGAGUGUGACUCAGUGGAAAGAUGAAUGCAAUUGGGUGAAUCUGGGUGUGUAAAGUGGUUUGUGUGGUCAGUAUAAUUGAAAAAGUGCUAUGCAGAAAUUGGAUCUAAUUACCAUUUAUGUUCACCAUGUUCUUUAUAUAUCGUUUUAUCUAUUACAAUUUAUUUUUUUUACUCGUGGUCAAAUUUUAUACACCUAUUUAACUGCAUGUAAUAGGUUUUCUAUUGUGUACCAGACAAGAAUAAAUAUGUUGUAUUUGUAAAAUAAA